AUUACCCGGAUGUGGUCUCUGCGCGCGCAUGCUCAGUGUUCUCUCGACAAGUUGGCAGCAACAACACGGCCCUGGUCGUCGUCGCCGCUGCGGUAACGGAGUGGCUCGGGUGGCGGAGCCCGCGUUCGCGGCCGCCCGCUCUCCUCCGGAGGCCCUUCCCGCCCUCCCCUCGGCUGCACGGCCGCCCAGGGGGCGGGAGCGGGUGCGGGGAGCCGGGCGCCCCGCGAGAGGGGCCCCCUGCCGCGGGGCGGCCCGGGAGCUCGAGGCGGCCCGGCCCGCGCGGGCAGCGGCGCGGCGCCGAGGAGGGGCGGCCUGGCCCGGACGCCUCAGUGCGGGGGCCGAGGAGCGCUCCGGGCCGCCGGGGGAGGGACGGGCCCGGCGCCCCCGCGGACGAACCGCCGCGGGAGAGCGGACGCCCCUUGCCGUCGCCCGAGCCCAGGUUAUCCUGAAUACCACAUGUCUAAUAAUUUUCAUUGCAACGUUAGCCGUUGUUUUUCACUGCCUCCAAAAGAUCAAAAUUGCUCCGGAAAUUGGAAACAUAUUUGAUUUAAAAGAAAUAACUAACAAAUGGACAAUAUGUCUAUUACGAAUACACCAACAAGUAAUGAUGCCUGUCUGAGCAUUGUACAUAGUUUGAUGUGCCAUAGACAAGGUGGAGAGAGUGAAACAUUUGCAAAAAGAGCAAUUGAAAGUUUGGUAAAGAAACUGAAGGAGAAAAAAGAUGAAUUGGAUUCUUUAAUAACAGCUAUAACUACAAAUGGAGCUCACCCUAGCAAAUGUGUUACCAUACAGAGAACAUUGGAUGGAAGGCUUCAGGUGGCUGGUCGGAAAGGAUUUCCUCAUGUGAUCUAUGCCCGUCUCUGGAGGUGGCCUGAUCUUCACAAAAACGAAUUAAAACAUGUUAAAUAUUGUCAGUAUGCAUUUGACUUAAAAUGUGAUAGUGUCUGUGUGAAUCCAUAUCACUAUGAACGAGUUGUAUCACCUGGAAUUGAUCUCUCAGGAUUAACACUGCAGAGUAAUGCUCCACCUAGUAUGUUGGUGAAGGAUGAAUAUGUUCAUGACUUUGAGGGACAGCCAUCAUUAUCCACUGAAGGGCAUUCAAUUCAAACCAUCCAGCAUCCACCAAGUAAUCGUGCAUCGACGGAGACCUACAGCACCCCAGCUCUCUUAGCCCCAUCUGAGUCUAACGCUACCAGCACCACCAACUUUCCCAACAUUCCUGUGGCUUCCACAAGUCAGCCUGCCAGUAUACUGGCAGGCAGCCAUAGUGAAGGAUUGUUGCAGAUAGCUUCAGGGCCUCAGCCAGGACAGCAGCAGAAUGGAUUUACUGGUCAGCCAGCUACUUACCAUCAUAACAGCACUACCACCUGGACUGGAAGUAGAACUGCACCAUACACACCUAAUUUGCCUCACCAUCAAAACGGCCAUCUUCAGCACCACCCGCCUAUGCCGCCCCAUCCCGGACAUUACUGGCCGCCAGUUCACAAUGAGCUUGCAUUCCAGCCUCCCAUUUCUAACCAUCCUGCUCCUGAGUAUUGGUGUUCCAUUGCUUACUUUGAAAUGGAUGUUCAAGUAGGAGAGACGUUUAAGGUUCCUUCAAGCUGUCCUGUUGUUACUGUUGAUGGUUAUGUAGACCCUUCUGGAGGAGAUCGCUUUUGCUUGGGUCAACUCUCCAAUGUCCACAGGACAGAAGCCAUUGAGAGAGCAAGGUUGCACAUAGGCAAAGGUGUGCAGUUGGAAUGUAAAGGUGAAGGUGAUGUUUGGGUCAGGUGCCUUAGUGACCACGCAGUCUUUGUACAGAGCUACUACUUGGACAGAGAAGCUGGGCGUGCACCUGGAGACGCUGUUCAUAAGAUCUACCCAAGUGCAUAUAUAAAGGUCUUUGAUUUGCGUCAAUGUCAUCGUCAGAUGCAACAACAGGCAGCUACUGCACAAGCUGCAGCAGCUGCCCAGGCAGCAGCUGUGGCAGGAAACAUCCCUGGCCCCGGAUCAGUAGGUGGAAUAGCCCCAGCUAUCAGUUUGUCAGCUGCUGCUGGAAUCGGUGUUGAUGACCUUCGUCGUUUAUGCAUACUCAGGAUGAGUUUUGUGAAAGGCUGGGGGCCUGAUUACCCAAGACAGAGCAUCAAGGAAACACCUUGCUGGAUUGAGAUUCACUUACACCGGGCCCUCCAGCUCCUAGAUGAAGUACUUCACACCAUGCCUAUUGCCGACCCACAGCCUUUAGACUGAGGUCUUUUAACUUAAUGUUGGGGCCCUUAACAUUAUCAGGAUGGUGGACUAUAAAAUGCAAUCCUGUUUAUAAUCUGAAGAUAUAUUUCACUUUUGUUCUGCUUUAUCUUUUCAUAAGGGGUUGAAAAAUGUGUUUGCUGCCUUGCUCCUAGCAGACAGAAACUGGAUUAAAACAAUUUUUUUUUUCCUAUUUAGAACUUUUCAGGCAUGGCUCAGAGCUUGAAGAUCAGGAAAAACACAUUCUUAUUAAAUCUUCACCAGUUAUGUAUGAAGGAAUCAUUCCAAUGCUGGAAAAUUUAGCCCUUUAAAAUGUUUUAGAGCCUUUUAUAUGCAGAACAUUGAUAUGUGUGUUAUUCUACAGAAUAAAUUCAAUAUUGCUGAUUUUAAAGGCAGAGAAGUUCUCAAAGUUAAUUCACCUAUAUUAUCUUGUGUGUGAGUUGUUAUUGUUGAACAUACUUUACUCCAAAAUAUUGUGCCAUGCGGGUGAGUUAAUUUUACCAAGAGCAACUUUACUCUGUGUUUAAAAAAGAAGAUAGUAAUGUAUUAUAACCUUUUAUGCAAAUGUUUUUUUCAAGUUAAACUAGUGAAGAUGAUUUCAAUUCAGAUUGUCUUGCGACUUCAAUUUUCUUUUGCCAAGGCAAAACACUAAUCUCUGUAUAUUGAGAAUUCCUUAAAAUUACCAAAGGAAUAUCAUUUAAAAUUACAUUUGUUAUCUUUGUUGGAUAACUAUUUAUCAUGAAAUCUACUUUAGCCCUGUUAAACAGUAGAUGUAUUCUAUAUUUCUAGGCACAGGGUUGGUUACUAAGAAGCCUAGAGGAGGAAUUUCUUUCCUUCAUUAACAUAGGGAAAGGUUUUGUAUUUUUAAAAACACUAAAAGCAGUGUCACUCCAUCUAAUAUCUUAACCAUUCUGCAGAGGUGGCAGUGCUUAAACUAAAUAAUGAAUAUUUUGGGAAUUGCUAAAUUCUGUGUUAAAUACAGUGCAGAAUAAGGGAAACAUUACCGUUCAUAAUAGGUAGUUUGGAUAUUUUUGUACUUGAUUUGAUGUGUGACUUUUUUUUCGUAUACUGUUUAAGUCAUGUAUGUUAUGACAUUGUUUAAAAUUCAGUUUUUGUAUCUUGGGGCAAGACUGCAAACUUUUUUAUACCUUUUGGUUAUUCUAAGCCCUUUGCCAUCAAUGAUCAUAUCAAUUGGCAGUGACUUUGUAUAGAGAAUUUAAGUAGAAAAGUUGCAAAUGUAUUGACUGUACCACAGAUACAAUAUGUAUGCUUUUUACUUAGCUAGUAGCAUAAAUAAAACUGAAUCUCAACGUGCAAAGUUGAAUUCUAGGUUUGAUUUUUAAGUUUUUUUUCUUUUGCACUUUUGAGUCCAACCUUAGUGGCGAGACACCUUCUACUAAGUGACAGGCAAACAGCCAGUACUAUUGGGCAGCUUUGGUUUUUUUCUCCCACUCUACCAGGACUUCCCUAUGGACAUUAUGUAUCAAGUGUAGGGUUGGUUAUUUUUUUAACUUUUAUUUUACUGUAGCAAAACUAGGCCUGAUUGUCUAUAAGAUAAGUAGGUUGUCUACAGGAUAAAUAGUGUGAAAUAAAUCAAGGAUUAUCUUUCAGAUGUUUUUGCUUUCUUCAUGGAGGGCCUUUCUAAGUGUAAUAAGAUUAUUUCAGGUGUGUUACAAGUUUGAGACAUGAGAAACACUUAAUGCAUGAUAGUCAUCCUUAUAUCAACUUAAAUCAACAAAUCUUCUACUUCUUUGCUUAGGUCUUCUUAGUAAGACCAUCCUAGAAACCACUGAGUUUGCUUAUUGCUGUGAUUUAAACAUAUCUUGAUCCAAGCUACUUGUAUUUUGUUUUUUAAAAUAACAUUUCUACCAACUCAUUUAUACUCUUGAGUACUUACAGAUACUUCUGUUAAAGACCUAAUCUUAAUCUGUAAAGUUUGGUGAUUUUACGUUUUAUUGGCAGAUUUUUUAAAAGGUAUCUUCAUUCUCUAGAAAUUUUUUACUUAGGUCUGUUUUAUUGUGAAUGAAGAAUAGAAGCAAGAGGGGAGAGAGUUUUAGAAUAACAGAUUUUAAAAAUCGAGGAUGUUAGAUUAGAACCACAAGCAUGCUAUGAUAUAAUCCAUUGCCUCCUAUUCUACUUUAAAGAAGGUUUACAUGUUUAAUCAUCUAGGGAAAGUAUUGUGGAAAAUAUUUGCUAAGUAGUCUGUCUUUCAGGCCAAGCCACCCACUUUGGUUUCCUUUUGCAAAGAGCCAUAAAAAUACGACAAGUACAUAGAAGUACUUCUAGUUAUUAAUUGCUUUAUACUUGUGCCUAGGUUCAGUCACAUGCUUUUGAGAAAACAUCUAGUAUGUUAUAAUCAGUUAUUUCUGAGGGCUUAUAGUUGUUGAACAGUAUUUACGUUUCUUAGAGGUAGUCAUCUUUGAUGAGUAAGACUAAAAGAAUCACAGUGUUUAAGAUUUUAUGGCUAUUUUAAGAGUAGAAUAGUGUCCACAGUUCUUGGAAUCUGAUUGCUCUGAGUAUAUGGUUCUGGGUGUGUUUUCUCUAGCUAGUUCAUAUCUCAGAGACUCUCAGAAUAUUGAAUUUCAGUGGAAGCUGAGAGAGAGAUGAACCAGGUUUGUACCUUUAUAAUCAAUCCAGUAUGAGGCCCAUUCCACUUUUGUCUAGUGCCUUUCAGUGCAUUAUCAAAGGGAAAUCCUUAAAUCCAAAAUGGUGUUGCCUUUAUUUUCCAGGGAGUAGAUUCUUUUGUGGGAUAUAGUCUGUCAUUUUUUAUAGUAUACUACCCCUGGUAUACAAAGAUAAUGAUAAUAAAUCACUGCCGUAUAACCUUGUUUUUCUAGAAGCAUGGCUUGUUUGUAUUGACCUAAUAGGCAAAUAGGUUGCCUGUCCCAUUCCUCCUGUAAACAUUGUAGGUUUACAGGUUGAGUGACCUGGCUUAGGGAUAACCAUACUCAGAAUACCCAAAUAAAAUGAACACAUAUGAGCUGUGUUGUAUUUCAAAGUUAAAAAUCCACUUUCGUGUGGAAGGGUGUAGUGUAGAGAGGGGGUAUUUGUAAUAGAACAUUGAAGGCAAAAUAAAAUGUCCUGUCUUCCAGAUGAUAAAUAUCUUAUUUCGAAAGUUUAUUGCAGUUGUCUUUUUGACCAUGCCCAUCUGAAGAAGGGAAAUUUUACAUGUUCCAUGGUGCUCCUUAAGUAUAUGUGGAGGUUAAAGAAUAUAUGGUGAAGUAUUUCGAUUCCUGGUUUGGUGGUAACUAGUUAGUAGUUACUAGCUAUUAUGCAAAAUCAGAUUAGUUCAGAACCUCUUUGAGAGCCUUUUGGAAGAAGAAGUUUUAUUCUCAGUAAGGCAGAAUAAUCCUUUUUGUUGAUAGUUUCUAUAGUUGCUCCCUCCAUCAUUGAGUCAUUUUGCUGGCAUUUAAUAAUAGCAGAUUGGGAAAAUGGUGAAUUUUAGGUUACUGGGGUAAAUGAGUAUAUGAAAGCAAUUACCUGUAUGUAAAGUCAGUUAACAACUCUUUUGUGGAUGGGGUUUGGCUAAGACUAGCAGAUAGAAAAAAUGCUUUUUUUUUUUCCUUCCUAAAGGCAGAACCCAUUGUUGCGGAUAGCUAUCUGUAAAUAAUCACCUAAGUCCUCCUUUGCAAGAUUAUUGAAGAUGGGGUAUGAGAAUCUUGUGUGCAACCUUUCUAUUUUUUCCUCACAACUAGAUAAUUUCUUUUCUCCUAAGAUAUAUCAGGAAGGAUGUAAAAAGUUAGUGGCCUUAUUCAUAGCAUCCUCAGGCCCAGCCUUGUCUGUAAGCACUUGUCCCAGUGUUGCUAGGUUGUUUAUCUUAUUUAUCUGGUAUCACUGUGGAAUGGAAUUUUCUGCAUAAUCCAAACUUGCCUUAUUUAAACAGUAAAACUUUUUUUACUUUGGCCAUUUUUUUGGGUGGAGUUAUUUGAUAUGUAUAUUAGAGAACAUACUAGAUACAGUGUUUCUUUUGUGCCUCCUGUCUUGUAGACUUUAGAGGCUGCUAAGACAUGUGGGACUGUUUUACCUGCACUAAAUGGUCGCAGACUCCUAUGGUUUGGAAUGUUUGUUUUGGUAUACUCCCCCCGCCCCUUUAAUGACAGCAACCACUUCCUGUGUGUUACUAGUAUACCUCCCCUUAGUUCCUUCUUCCCUUUCUGAUUCAUUUUCCCGACUGGGCAAGGAAGCCAGAUAACCAUACUUAUUAGAACUUUCUUUAAAACACCAGGGCAAACUGGGACAGGACCCAAGGAAGUUUCCUGUAAAGUAUUGAAAAGAACUUCACUGCUUUGGCAUUUGAUAUCAGUUUGACUGCUUAGUGUGCUUCCUGAUUCUUGCUGAGUUUCAGGUAGUUCAGAUAGAGAGAAAUGAGUCAUAUUCAUAAUUUUCCCCUUUGAAAGGUUUAGUUGCUUCCACUUGAAUGCUGCUCAAACAAAUACUGGGGUUACAAGGGUUGGUUACUAAGUUAGCAUCAAUAGCCAGAGGCAAUACCAUUACCUAGAGGACACCAGCAAAAAGAAAAAGAACAGCAAAAAAAAUAAAAACCUUGGAAAAUGAGGGGGUCAUUUUGUUUUGUUUUGGUGUCCCCUUUUUGAGUCCUAUCUUCUGGCCUUCCUCCUCUACAGAUAUUUUUGACCUUUAGGUGCCUUUAUGAGAAUUGAGGGUCUGAUAUCCUGCCCCAAGGAGUAGCUAAAGUGAUUGCUGAUGUUUUCAGGGAUUUUAACAUCAGACUUGAAUGAGUGAAUGAACCUUUUUUUCUUUUCCUUUCAUCAUCUUUUUUUUUUUUUUUAGAUGUAGGAAGAACUAAGGAGAAAACUCUAGUGAAGACAAUCAUUUCUCUCUAUUGAUGCGGAUAAUUUUCAGCUUAUUUCAGAUGCUUUCUCAAUAGGUCUCAGAACUAGUGUUCUUGUUCAACCUGAAACUAGUAGUGGCUCUGGGCUGGGGCCAGACAGUUGCACUCUCUAGUUUGCGCUCUGCCACUAAUUUGAUGUAUGACCUUGGGCAAGUCAUUUACCUUCUUUGGGCCUCAGUUGCCUCAUCUGUAAAAUGAGGGAGUUGGACUAGAUGAGUUCUUCCAGCUCUGAAGUUUAAGUGACCUUGCCUACCUUGCAGCAGUUUUUGAUUUCUUCCUUACCUUUGGUCUGCUGUCUGAGGGGGCUUUUUACUUAUUUCCACAUUAUUCAAAUGAGACUAGGCUUGAUAUUUUAUUACUGUUCUGUGGACAAGAAGUUACAUAAUAUGUCCUUAAAACUUAAAUUCAACCAAAGGCCUAGCACCGCCUUGGGGGCUGCAAUAAAUACUUAAAAAAAAAAAAAAUGGAGAAAAGCCUUUAUCUUAUUUUCCCAUCAUCUCUAUUCAAGGUGUAUUAAGGCUUUUUUUGGAGUCAUGAUAUUCUACCUUUUGGGUUGGUAUGUGUGUGACACCAUCCUCUUAAGUACUGUGUGCUGGUAAUUUUUUCUUUAAAAUGGAUUGAAAACUUACUGUAAAUGCCUAAUGGUUAUUAGAGGUCAUUGCUUUGGGUCUUUGGUUUCUUAACUCUUCUAUUCUGAAAACAGGGAAAUUCCCUUGAACUGUGUCAAUUAAAAUGGUUUAUAUGACUCAAGAAAUUAAUACCAGUGGAUGAUUAUUCACUUUAUUUUUGGCUCUUUUUAGGUCCAUUUUGAUUAGAAGACUUUUGGCUGGAGCAUUCCUUUCAGAGUUCUCUUCCAGCCUAUCCUUGGAUGAGUAUAAUUAAUGGACUUGGCUUUUUCAAGGACCUUGAGAACCUUCCUUGGGGGGUGGGUCAAGGGUAGGGGAUUGGGGAGUCCUGGUAGAGGCCAGCUCUGUGGUAGCUGGAAAGGAAGGAAUGAAACCAGCUGCUGUUGCUGUGGCUUGUCAUUGAUAGAAGGACUCAUGGGCUUGGAUUGGUUAAAAGGCCAAACAUAGAGUCAGCAAACUUCUUCCAAGUUGGGUUCUGGCCGAUGCCUUGGACAUGUGAUUUAAGGGAAAAGUGUGAAAGCUCCUGGAUGAUGAAAACCUGGUGAGCUGCAGAACCAUUUGGAGGAGGUGACUAGGGGUUGGGAACAGAUUUGGUGAUAGUACUUCCCAACUCUGUCUCCUUCUCUGAAGUCAGAGGAAUGCAGCUAUGCCAAAACUCACAGAAGAGCCACAUUUAACCUCUGCUUUUGGGAAAACUGGUUAGCUAAGGCUGGUAGUUCCUUUGUGGCUUUUUGUAUACUUUUGCCUGGUUGAAGUCUGUGGCUAAAAAAUAGUUGAACCUUUCCUGAGAACUCUGUAACAAAGUAUGUUUUUGAUUAAAAGAGAAAGCCAAUUAAA